UGCCCUGUUGCCCACUUUAUGAGCGUCUCACAAGUGCGCGAUCUCUCGCAUGGUUGUCAUGUGUACUCCGUUUAUCAGCCAACCACCGCGGAACACAUGCGCGAUCUGCGUCGUUCCGGCUCUAUUUUCGUGGUGUGAUUGAGCCCUUUUUUCUGCGCGCAGCGUUUUGUUUGUUGUUUACGUUUUCUCACCUGUCAAGUGGUUUUUGCGUUCUCUAUGAGUAAUUAGAGGUGCUUUUGCAAGCGAUUUACGAGUGGGACUGAAGGUGACUGAAUUUUUCGCUCUUUGCCUUCGGGAUUAAAACGUGAUCAUUUCUGUGCGCGAUUUGGAUUAAUGACUGCAUCUGAGCCAUAAUGGCGUUAUAACGCAAUAAAAUCUCCGGACGCAACACUCGUCUCCCAAGCCCCUGUGGGCUGGAACUCAAAAUGCCUGUCCACUACUUGGGAUUGGCGAUGACAUGACCUCAGAAGCGCACCUCAGAACCGCUCAGCGACCAAGUGAUGUGCAUUGGGGACAGUAAAGCGGGACCUUUUUUUGAGACUACAGUCUCCGCCGGUGAUUCGGCGUAAUUGUUAAAGUGUCCGCGGAUCGUAGUGGUGAGGUCCGCUCAUCCGGGCUGUCCUUCCUGCAGAUGGGGGUGUUUGAGGACAGUGGUGGACGACACUCCUCACCCGGCAUGCACUGGAUAUCCAGGGCGUCCCAGUCCAAGAUAUUUAGCGGGCGGCAAAACGAGCAGUACCUUGGCCCAGCUUACGAUCCGUCUAGAGACCUUUCACCCAACCUGCCCUCAUGCGAACCCCACAUCAAAGGCGAACCCCAAGGGGAUGCACAGGGCACGCCUGGAAUCCAGGAUAACAACAAUCACACCGAUAAAAAUUAUUUGGAAUGAAACAUUGCGCCCGCUGCCAAGCCACCAUCCUCAGUUCGGAGCUGGUGAUGCGAGCCAGAGAUCUAGUUUUCCAUGUUCACUGUUUCUCCUGCGAAGUCUGCAAUUCUCCUCUGAUUAAAGGCGACCAUUUCGGAAUGAGGGACAGCUCAGUGCUGUGCAGACUUCACUUUGAAAUCCCCCCCGAUAUGCCCCCAACCGGAAUGUUUUCCAUGCACGGUUUUCCUGGCAAAGCCGAUAUGUAUAUGCCGCCGUUUCCCAGCCCUGAGUUCCACCCGUCAUUGCCGCCCCAAGUUCCGCCGCCCCCAGUCGAGCCUCCAGUGGGCAAACCGCCCUUUUAUAACGGGCAAACUGGAGCCCCGCCAAGACAAAAAGGCCGGCCGAGGAAGAGAAAGCCGAAGGAUCUCGAGGGGAUGACAGCAGGAUUAGAUUUGAACCAAGACUACUUAGACAUUCCAUUUGGCCGGUCGCCAGGCGCUCCAGGUCUUCACGGUUCGAACCAACGAACGAAGCGAAUGCGAACCUCGUUCAAACACCAUCAGCUCAGAACGAUGAAAUCGUAUUUCGCAAUCAACCACAAUCCGGAUGCGAAAGACCUGAAACAAUUGUCCCAAAAGACUGGCCUACCUAAACGAGUUUUACAGGUGUGGUUCCAAAAUGCACGCGCCAAAUGGCGUCGAAUGAUGCUGAAACAGGAAGGAAAGUCGGGCGAAAAGUGUUCAGGCUCUGAAAGCAUGAGCGAUAUGGAUAUUUAUGGAGGUCCAGGUGGGCCUGCUUCAAUGGGGAGCAGCAUAGGGAUGGCGCCCCAUAGCCCCCCUUUCCUGCUGCCCAGUGGGGCCGGCAGCCCAUCCAGCCUGGAUUGUUCCUGAGAUAUUUUAUGUAGGAUUCCGCUGUUUUUCGGCCGCCUAGGAGCAGUGAUCAUUUGAACUAAGAACAAUGUUCGUAAAAGAGCUAGAAAUCCUCUUGUUACAAGUGACUUACUGAAAAGAGUCCUAAUUUAUACUGAUGGCUAUCAUCGAUUUGUAUUGUAAGUUGAUGUCGCUCCUAGCAGAACUAGGUAAAUUAUUUAAAACGAUUGUUCCUAAUAGGUAACUAACUACUCAAAAAAAGAAUAAUAAUAAUAAUAAUAAUAAUAAUAAUGAACAGUAAGUAGGUUUUAAACUAGAUAAGGUAUUCUUCGAAGGUAAACAAUGUCUUCCUCGUAUUUGAUUAAAUGAUUUUUACCAUCUGUGAAAUAAUGAUAGUGUAAGGUGCGCGUUGUCUUCCCAAUACAUGGCCAAAUCGUUGCGGUUUUUUCCUAAGGAACUCGACUUUCAUUCAAUAAUUUCCCGCAUUUUCCCAUUAUCAGCUUUCUGCAUCGUACCGAAAUUUUGUACAGUUCUGUUUUGUAUAUAAUCUAAUUUAUGGUAAAUAUAAAUGCUACCUCGAAAAAGUGAAUUGUAAAAAUGGUAGCAUAUUCCUAAUAUAAAACAAGUUAUUCUAA